AUGUUUGGCAUGUUAUCCAUGGGAUCAAGCUGCUCUUUUCUCUAUAUUAACAGUGUUUUGCUGUUCACCCUGAGGAGUAAGCAGGUGUUUUGUGAGACAUCUCGUUACAUCCUGCUGUACAACUUGCUCUUUGCAGACACCGCUCACAUGGCAACAUCAGUUCUGCUUUACUUACUGGCUGCCUUACGGAUAAAAUUGACAUAUUCUGUAUGCAGUGCUCUCAUCUCACUCUCAAAUUUCACAGAGACAAUCUCCCCUCUCAUGCUGGCUGUGAUGUCACUUGAGAGAUAUGUGGCUGUAUGUUAUCCACUGAGGCAUGCUACUGUCUUCAACAUGAGAAGCACAGGCAUAGCCAUUGCAGUGGUGUGGGCUUUCAGUUUUAUCCACAUCCUCAUUCGUGGUUUCAUGUUGUUAUAUUUGUUCACAGAACUCUCUCUGAUACAGAUGGGUGACUUUUGCUCUAAAGAAGCCAUUUUUUUUGCACCUAUGUUUAAUGAUUUUGAAGAAGUGUAUGCCAUUACUCUCUUCUUGUCAAUAGGUGUGGUAAUCAUCGGCUCCUACAUUGGUGUAGCACUCGUAGCCAGGUCUGUCUCAAAAGACAAAACCUCAGCCAGAAAGGCUCUUCAGACUCUCCUGCUUCACAUGAUUCAACUAAUCCUGAUUCUCACCUCCACCUUUACCUCUACCAUCAUCAGAGCCAUUAUUAGAACAAUGGGGAGAUUGGCCCUUACACGUAUUUACAAUGCAUGCUUUGUAUGCUUGAAUAUCCUUCCAAGGUGUCUGAGUGCUCUUAUUUAUGGUCUCAGGGAUCAAACUAUCAGAGCAGCCUUCAUGCAGAAUCUGUGCUGUCAACUCACUCUAUCUUUGACAGAAACUAUUUCAGUUAAAAAUCAGCAUUUCACAGUGCCUGUUGGAGGUCCUGAUGUGUUGAAGUCAGCAGAACCACAUCAUCCGGUGGUGGACCCACAGGCCAGUAACUCUGCAUUGUUUCUUGGGUUGUGCCCAACCACUGUGCCCCAUAGGUCAAGGCCCAGCCAUCAGACACUCAUCAGUGAGCUCCCCUCCCAGGCCUGGCUCUAG